CACAGGUACGGGUGCGAGUGAUGAGGCCGACGAAUUGACAAGUAAUUUUCUCGGUAAAAUUAUUUAGAAGCAAGAAAAACUAGGGAAAAAGUGGAAAAGAGGACCCUUUGGAGUAUGUUAAUUAACUCAUGAUAGGACACUGUGCGAUAUUUGCCCAUGUUUGACCGCCAAUUGAGCUUUUCGGGGCUGUGUGCUGAGCAUAUUUGAAGGCAUUGUGUGUGAAUCAAAACCAACCUCCUGACAUCUUGAAAAUCCAACAAAAGGAUUGGCCAGCAUCGCAGUUUCGAAAGAGGAGAUGGAGCUCAGAGUGGGGAAUAAGUAUCGCCUGGGACGGAAAAUCGGAUCUGGAUCCUUCGGGGACAUCUAUCUAGGUACGACGAUCUCAACGGGUGAGGAAGUGGCCAUCAAAUUAGAAUGUAUCCGGACGAAGCAUCCACAGCUCCACAUAGAGAGCAAAUUCUACAGAAUCAUGCAGGGCGGAGUUGGAAUACCACGAAUUAAAUGGUGUGGCUCCGAGGGUGAUUACAACGUGAUGGUGAUGGAACUAUUGGGACCAUCGCUGGAGGAUCUCUUCAAUUUUUGCUCUCGAAGGUUCACGCUGAAGACAGUCCUUCUGCUUGCCGAUCAAAUGAUAUCACGAAUUGAUUACAUACAUUCGAGAGACUUCAUCCAUCGUGACAUAAAGCCAGACAAUUUUCUAAUGGGCCUGGGUAAGAAGGGUAAUUUAGUGUAUAUCAUAGACUUUGGCUUGGCAAAGAAGUACCGAGACUUCCGUACACAGCGACAUAUACCGUACAGAGAGAAUAAGAAUUUGACCGGGACAGCUCGGUAUGCGUCAAUAAAUACGCAUUUGGGUAUUGAGCAGUCACGACGUGAUGACUUGGAGUCACUUGGCUAUGUGCUCAUGUACUUUAAUUUGGGUACAUUGCCAUGGCAGGGAUUGAAGGCGGCAAAUAAACGACAAAAAUACGAGAGGAUUUCAGAGAAGAAACUCUCGACGCCAAUUGAGGAAUUGUGUAAGGGAUUCCCUGCUGAAUUUCCCACCUAUCUCACAUACUGCCGACAGUUGCACUUUGAACAGAGGCCCGACUAUUGCUAUCUGCGAAAACUCUUUAGGACGCUUUUCCAUAGGCAGGGCUUUACCUAUGACUAUGUGUUUGAUUGGAAUAUGCUGAAGUUUGGUGGCUCACGCAGCACCGCCGGUCCCAAUGAGGAGAUCGAGGGCGGAGGUGGUGGAGCGAAACGUACUCAAAUGACCACCAACACAAUGGAGGAACCAACAAACUCCUCACGACCAUAUGACACGCCCGAGAGGAGAUCCUCGAUACGUAUUCGUGGGCAGAGUGUCGUGAAUGAUAUGCGAAAUGUGAAAUAGUUUUCAUAAGAGAGAUGGCAUUGAGGAACAAAGAGUGGACGCAUAAAUAAUAAUAAUUAUGAAGGAUGAGAGAAAAAAAAUUAAACAUUUAAGAAACACAAAAAAAAGAAGAGAAAUAUGGAAUAACAAUUACUAUCCAUAUUAAAAAAAAAACUACUACCUACUUUUAAAAUGAAAUAUUUCUGAUAAUGUGAGAGAUGUGAGCGACAACAUGAGAGCUGGGGAACAUUUUUAGUAUGAGGGUGAGUUUAUUUCUCUUUUAUUUAAAAUUUUCUUCAAUUCUUUUGAUAUACAAAAAAAAAGAAACUUUUUAACGAAGAAAUUCAAUCACUUUUCAGGUCCGUUUAGUCCCUCGGCCCUAAGACUUAAAAAUACCUUAUAUAAAAUUAAUUAUAACUGAGAUGGGUGAAUUAAGAAGAAGAAAUCAACGUGAGCGUAAAUUUCAAAAAAAAAAAAGAAUAAAUUAUUCAUACAAUUACUAAUGGAGAAAAUUAAAAAAAUAAAAAUAAAACACCUUUAAGGGUGAAAUGUGAAUUACUGAUGGGAUAAAUUAUAUUAAAACUAAAUGAAAAAAAACUCUCCUCAGUCCUUAAUUUCGUUUAACAUUUAAUAAUAAAAAAAAACAAUUAAAACCUCACGAUUGAGUGAGAGAUAUAAAAAAAAACAAAUUAUAAGAAAAUAUUUUAAAAGAAAUCAAUGGUAAGGGAAUAAAAAUAUCAUAAAGUGAAAAAAAAAAACAUUUUUAAGUGUAUAUUUGAUGAAUCACGUUAAAAUAAUUAAACAAAAAAUAUAAUGAAAAUAUUUAGGAAGUGAUUAAUUGAUAAAUGUAAAAUGGAAUUUAAAGAGAAAAUUAAUGAGAAAAAAAAACGAGAAUUAGGUAAAAUCUUUGAUAAAAAAAAACCAACAAUCCAGCCACACACGUCUUUCUAAACAGAAACUUUAAAAAAAUCUUACUGGAAGCAUAACAUUUUAGACAUAUAGCUGUGUUUUUAAACAAAAAUUCUAUACAGAAAUGAUAAAGAAAAGAUUAAAACGAAUAUUAAAAAAAAAAACAAGCCACAGUAUAGCGUUUAAUAAAAAUGAAAAAAUAUGGGUUAAAAUGCUGAAAGGAUAACUUAUAAAAGGAAAAAAAUGUAUAUUAAAAUAAUAUAACUUGUACACUGACUUAAAAAGCUCUUAAAACAAAAUGUCCUUACCGUCAAGCCGUGCAUUUGGUUUAAAUGUUGUUUAGUUUUUUUUUCUUUGUAAAAUUCAUUUGUCUCAAAGCAAAAGUUCUGUAUAUGGUGGAUAAAACUGAAUUACACAAAAAACUGGAUUUAUAAAAAAUCAAGAAAAAAAAACAUUAAUUACAAAAUAACCCAUUAAAAUUCAUGUUGUUUCAUAGUGACAUUGUAAACUAUAAAUUUUUGAUGAUGAAAGAAAAAAAAAGAAAGAUGGUGAAAAUCUUGUAAUAUUUCAUACUUUACUCAUAUUUGAUAUAUAAAGAAAAUAAUAUUAUAUAGUCAAAAUG